AUGGAAAACGAUGACCCUUGGUGCAAAGAAAUGCGCUAUAAAACAGACGAGCAAAUGGCAUAUUGCAUGCAACUUGGUCUAGAUUUCAGACCUCAUGUAUAUUGGAUACUGUUUGAGGAAUGGACUGGUUAUAAAGAAGGAUCUUACACAGGUGGCCUAUUCUUUAUCAUGUUUCUCGCAAUCAUAAUUGAGACGGUGCCCUUUAUAAGAUGGAUUAUAAAGAAUAAGCAAGAGUAAGCAGAGAAGGUUGCUCCUGAUAACCAUAUAAACAAAUCUGAUUUUGAAAAUUCCCACAUUAAAAAGGACGGACCUUAGAAGAUGGUUUCUACUCUAAUUAUUUACCACAUUCUUGACUCUGGACUUCAGCUUAUUGCCAAAACUAAUUCUUACCUUAUUAUGCUUAUAGUUAUGACAUAUAACUUUGGAAUGAUAGCUAUGGCAUGUGCUGGAUUUGCUCUAGCCAGUUUUGCUUAUGGCAUUAUUCAAGAUAGAAUUUACAUCAAAUAGAAAAUGGAAGACUCCAAUUAUUAGAAAAUCACAAAUAACUACAAAUGA